AUGUGUAGUGGUUUUGUCAAGCCCAGUCGGUGGAACUUCGGGACGAAAGUUGCAAUCAUGCCUGAGGUGAGGUUGGAAGAAGCGCGUCGAUUUAUGGUGGAUAGUCUAAAGGCCGCAGGGGCCCCGGAGACCGAAGCAGAGGCUCAUGCCGACCUACUGAUGCAUGCAGACACUGUCGGGCACUACAGCCAUGGAUUAAAUCGUCUUGAGUUUUACGUAAAUGACUGUUUAUCGGGAUCAUGUUUACCAAAAGCUACGCCAUUAAUAUUAAAAGAGUCAGCUGCUACAGCCUGGGUAGAUGGACGCUCUGCCUUGGGAGCUACCGUGGGAAACUUCUGCAUGGACCUGGCUAUCAAGAAAGCAAAGGAGUGCGGCGUUGGAUGGGUCGCGGCUAAAGCUUGCAACCACUACGGCAUGGCAGGCUACUGGGCGCUUAAAGCUGAACGUGAAGGGCUCAUAGGCAUAUCCUGCACAAACUCUUCACCAAUCAUGGUUCCCACCAGGUCUAAGGAGAGGGCUCUGGGUACGAACCCCAUUGCAAUGGCAGCUCCAGCAGUUGAUGGAGACAAAGUGGUGGUCGAUAUGGCGUCUACCACUGUCGCUAUGGGCAAGAUAGAAAUGCAGAUUCAUAAAGGAGAGCCCCUACCACCCAGUUGGGCAUUGGGACCCGACGGUAAACCUACUACCGAUGCUAAAACGGCCUAUAGCACUGCUAUGCUGAUGCCGUUAGGCGGAGAGGAGGAAAUGAGUGGCUACAAAGGCUACUGUCUAGCUACAAUGAUAGAAACCUUUUGCAGUGGAUUGUCAGGUUCCAAUCCGUCACACAAGAAUCGCCUGUGGGAUCUAUCAAACUCAAACAUACCAAUGAAUAUGGGCCAGUGCUUCGCUGCAAUAGACCCCGACUGCUUCGCACCAGGAUUUGGAGAUCGCAUUGCCGAAUGUCUUAAGAUUUGGAGGAGUUUAGAACCGGUGGACCCAUCGUUACCGGUUCUAGCUCCUGGCGAUAAGGAGCGGAUAACUGGCGAAGAGACGAUAUCAAAAGGGACCGUUAACUAUCCACAGAAGCAGUUGGAGGUUAUGGAGAAAAUGGCCAGAAGAAUCGGUGUGAAGCCUAUACAAAUUGGGUAA